AUGACUUUUACUUUCGCUGACGUCGAUGAGAAGGCUGUUGCCACCAUCCGUACCCUCGCGGCGGAUGUUGUUGCUAAGGCCAACUCGGGCCACCCCGGUGCGCCCAUGGGCCUUGCCCCCCUUGCCCACCUCCUCUGGAGCCGCGUCAUCCGUUGCGACCCCAAGGACUCGCACUGGGUCAACCGCGAUCGUUUCGUGCUGUCGAACGGCCACGCCUGUGCGCUGCAGUACAUCAUUCUGCACAUGAUGGGCUACAAGCUGUCGAUGGAUGACCUCAAGUCCUUCCGCCAGCUCAACUCGCUUACGCCCGGCCACCCCGAGGCGAACCACACCGACGGUGUCGAAGUUACCACCGGUCCCCUGGGCCAGGGCUUUGCCAACGCGGUCGGUAUCGCGAUUGCCCAGAAGAACGUCGCCGCGACCUUCAACCGCGACGACUUUGACCUGUUCAACAGCCAGACCUUUGUCAUCCUCGGCGAUGGCUGUAUGCAGGAGGGUAUUGCGAGCGAGGCGGCCUCGCUCGCUGGCCACCUGCGCCUCAACAACCUGAUCGCCAUCUACGACGACAACAAGAUCACCAUUGAUGGUGACGUCGCCUGCUCUUUCACCGAGGACGUCGAGAAGCGCUUCCUGUCGUACGAGUGGGACGUGCUCCACGUCCUGGACGGUGACAAGGAUGUCAAGGGCCUGUACGAGGCCGUCGACAAGGCGCGCAAGAACACGGAUCGCCCGACGCUGAUCCGUGUGCGCACCACGAUCGGUUUCGGUUCCCAGAACCAGGGCCUGGCCUCGACCCACGGCUCGCCACUCAAGGAGGACGACAUCCGCCAGUUCAAGGAGAAGGUCGGCUUCAACCCCGACGAGAAGUUUGUCAUCCCCAAGGAGGUCGCCGACGCCUACGCCUCGUACGCCAAGCGCGGCGCCGAGGAGCACGCCGAGUGGCAGAAGCGCUUUGACGCCUACGGCCAAAAGUACGGCAAGGAGAAGGCCGAGAUUGAGCGCCGCAUCGCCCACAAGCUCCCCGAGGGCUGGGAGAAGGCACUGCCCACCUUCAAGCCGUCCGACGAUGCGGCCGCGACGCGCAAGCUGUCCGAGGGCGUGCUCAAGAGCCUCAGCGGCGUGAUCCCCGAGAUGAUGGGCGGCUCUGCCGACCUUACCGGCUCGAACCUCACCCGCUGGGCCGACGCGGUGGACUUCCAGUCCCCGGCGACGCACCUGGGUAACUACUCUGGUCGCUACGUCCGCUACGGUGUGCGUGAGCACGCCAUGGGUGCCAUCAUGAACGGUAUGCACGCCUUUGGCAUGCACAUUCCCACCUCGGGCACCUUCCUCAACUUUGUGUCGUACGCGCUCGGCUCGGUCCGUCUCUCGGCUCUGAGCAAGUUCCAGACGAUCUGGGUUGCGACCCACGACUCGAUCGGUCUCGGCGAGGACGGCCCUACCCACCAGCCGAUCGAGACUGCCGCGGCGCUCCGUGCGGUGCCCAACCUCGACUUCUGGCGCCCGGCCGACGGCAACGAGGUGUCGGCCGCCUACAAGGUGGCCAUCGAGAGCUACAGCACCCCCUCGGUGCUUGCGCUGACCCGCCAGGGCCUGCCGCACCUCGAGAACUCCUCGAUCGAGAAGGCGUCGCUCGGUGGCUACGUCGUCCUCGAGCAGGACAACGCCGAGAUCACGAUCGUCUCGACCGGCUCGGAGGUGAGCAUCUCGGUCGAUGCCGCCAAGAAGCUCGGCGAGCAGGGCGUCAAGGCGCGUGUCGUCUCGAUCCCGUGCUUCAGCGUGUUUGACAAGCAGCCGCUCGACUACCGCAAGAAGGUGCUGCCCUCGGGCCACCCGAUCCUCUCGGUCGAGGCCUACAGCACCUUUGGCUGGGGCAAGUACGCUCACGUCCACCACGGCAUCAACUCGUUCGGUGUCUCGGCCCCGGCCAAGGACGCCUACAAGCACUUCAAGAUGACCGACACGGACGUUGCCACCAAGGCCCAGAAGGUGAUCGACCACUUCAAGAAGGCCGGCACGCCCCUCGUGUCGCCCCUCGAGCUCGAGGCCGAGUUCUAA